AUGACCUUUGAUCAGGAUAUGACCUCUGACCCGGAUGUGACUUUUAUCCAGGAGAUGAUGACCCCUGAGAAGAAGAGGAACACUACCUGUUUCCAUGACGAUGACUCUGGCCUUGGUUUUGAUGACGAGGACUACAUGGCAGUGUUCGGAGAGGAGUUUUCUCCGCGAAAAGAGAAACAGGAAAUUACUGACAGCAACAACGAGUUCCAGUUCCAUCGCCCGUCAAAAGGUUUCAAUGUCCGUCGGGAUAUGUUUUCCAUGAAACGCCUAAUUCAAGACGAUGGUGACGACGACCCUGCACCAAACUGCCGAAUUCUGACGCAGAAGUCCGUUUCGUUUGCAAUUGGGGAUCGUGACAAUACGUGUUUCAGUGCUGAUAUCAAGAUGGCGGUAGAUUUGAUGGCAGAAACAGAGGACUUGGUUGCGGACGGAAGUCGUCAGUAUUGUUUACCUACUGUGAAAGGAAAACAUCAGGAUUUGAAGAGUAUUUCACCACAAACAAUGCGUGAUGUUUUACGUGGUGAUUAUGAUGAGGUCAUCGCCAGCUGCAGAAUCAUCGACUGUCGGUAUCCAUACGAAUUUGAAGGAGGUCACAUCCAGGGAGCAGAGAACCUCCACACACAUGAAACCAUUAAGGAACUUCUUCAGACCGGAAGUCGUGACAAUCACAGACACAUUUUGAUAUUCCACUGUGAAUUUUCGUCGGAACGGGGACCAAAAAUGUAUAGGUUUCUUCGAGCUCAGGAUCGUGCGAUGAACAAGGAGAGUUAUCCUUCCCUUAAUUACCCGGAAGUGUAUCUACUUGACGGAGGCUACAAAGCGUUUUACGAACACGACAAGGUCUAUUGCAGGCCAUCGUCUUAUGUGCCGAUGCUUCACAAGAGUCAUGGUGACGAUCUGCGUCACUUCCGUUCUCGGUCAAAAUCUUGGGCUGCUGGUGAGAAGAGGAAAAACGCCACAAGGUUGCAAUUUUGA